AUAUGUAUUGAUAGAAACAAAUGAGCUUGGUUCAUAGCUAAAAAUUGUUUUUAAUACAAUUCAUUAUAAAUUUUCAAGUUGCGACGUAAUUUUUAACUUCACUUAGACAUUAUCAAAUGGAAAUUUAAGUUUUUCUUCAAACAAUCAUUUCUCAAAACGGACUAUUUGUUUAAAUAUUUUUUGUCAAAUUUCAAUGUCAAAUCUGAAAGUUCUAAUUCAGCCAGCAUUCCAGAUGAUGUAUUGUUGAAAAGAGUGACAUUAGACUUUGUACACUGAAUAGAUACGAUAAACAGUGAUAAUCCCAUUCCAAUCAUUGUCAAAGUGAGAAAGUUUCAUAUUACGGUCGUCGUCAAAGUGCAAAGGAUGAGUCAUUCAACAAAUUGUGAGAAGAAGGAAAAAAUGGGCGGAAAAAACGAGCAAAAGAAAGACAUGGCUGACGCUGGUCCUUCAAAUGCAGACUCACCACCGAAAGGUCCUUCAAAUGCAGACUCACCACCGAAAAUCUUCAAGCUAACCAUCGAUUGUUUUGACGAGAUAUUCGAGUAUUUGUCAAUGAAAGACUUGCAUUCAUUGGGUCAAACGUGCAAGACAAUGCAAAAAGUGGCGGGCGUAUAUUUCAAGCAAAAUUUUUCAGCGGCUGAGAAGUUCUGCCAUCCGGAUGGCAUUUAUACGGUUCAUUCAAGCCGAGAUAAUGUGAUUAACGAGCGUAUACCAACAUUGGGUUUCAAUGAAUUCAUGCCAUGUAUUUCGCAUUAUCAUGAUCGACUCGAACCGCUCGAAUAUCUUCAGUUGCACAUUGACGAAUUCGCUCAAUCAACUAAUCAUAUUUAUCUAGUGGACUUACGGAUCAACCCGACCAGAGUCGAAUUCAUCGAAAAAUUGCUUCCGAAAAUCGAAAUUAUCCAAAUCAGAAGCUGUAGUGUGAAUGGCUGUUUCUACGAAUUGAUACUGAAACAUUGUCCAAAUUUGCAUACAAUUUAUGUGCAAAAUGCCGAUACCUACUGCAAUGGCAAUUAUGGGUGGAUGUUGCAAGAUUACCCGAUGCUUAAACACUUAGAGCUGAUGCCGAGAUAUUCAGACGAAGUAGACGAGUUGUAUGGGUUUUUGGAACGCCAUCCAAAAGUUCAACGGUUCUCGACCAGCGGCAGAUUUUUAUGGUUCAAUCGAAAUAGAUUCCUAAAAUCCACUGUGAAAUUGGAUAUAUUGGAGGUCAAAUCACAAUACUUUUAUCAGGAUGAUGGAUCUGGUACCUGCAGGACGAUUUGGGAUUUAUUGAGCCAACUUCAUAAGCAAGGAUUUUAUAAACGCUUAUUUGUUUACACUGACCGCGUUAGUAAUGAUCUCAGCGGCAAAUUGAUAAAAGUCCCGGGUCUUGAGCUGCUAUGCAUUCGAUGGUUUGAUGCAAGCUACAAUUUGCCUCUCUUGACUGACUUGAAAGAGCUUAUCAUUUUGGAUGGAUUGAAUGUCCGUGAUGCAGAAAUUCUGGCAAAUAGCUUAGUGAAGCUGGAACGCCUUUACGUGGAUAAUACUACAAUUGAUUGCAUUCAACCAUUCAUUCGUCAAUCCACGAAAUUGAACAAAAUCAAUCUAUUUCUCAGAGACACAAACGAACGUGGAUACAAUGGACUUAGUUUUGCUGAUGUGGACAACGAUGCUUAUUCAGAUUACUCGGGUCAUUCGGAUGGUUCAGAUUACUCAGGUUAUUCGGAUAAUGAAGAUGAAGACUACGAUCGAAGUGAAAAUGGGGAUGGAGAUGGAGUGGGAGAUGGAGUGGGAGAAGCAGUGGGAGAUGGAGUGGGAGAUGUGAGUGAUCACGACGGUGACAAUAUGGACCGCGAAGAUGGUGAUGAACAUAGCGAUGAAGUUGAAUUAGAAGCAGAAAACAGAAACAACGAUGGUGCGGAUGAAGCAAAGAAAAAAGACACAUCCGAUUGGAGAGUCCUGGAUUUGGUCGCAAUAAAUAAAGAACGUGCGAAAUUGUCUGGUGCACGAAAGAUAACAAUUUAUGUUCGAGAUGACAUCUUUUUGGCUACCAAAUGGACCGUUAGACACGGAGAUAUUAACUUGAGCCUUAUCGAAAUGAAACGAACGGAUUCGCUUGAAUGGAACCAUCAUUUUUAAAUUCAAUCAAUGGUUUGCAUUGGUAUUCAAUCAAUGGUUUACAGCGGUAUUCACUGUUCAGUACACUGUUCAGCACAGGCCGGAUCGACACCCAUAAUAAUUUAUUUUUUAUAACUUUUUCUAUGUAUUUUAAAGAUUGAAAUAGAAAAUAAAUCACUUUUCCAUAAAAUAUUAUUGUAAAAAAUCGUAAAUUAUUUCGAAGAAAAGUAAUGAAAAAUGGCAUUCGAUUCAAACGGCGCAAAAUCGACUUCAAUUUGAAUUCAAGCGGGAUAAUAAAAGUCAACUUCGCUUCAAUUAGACACUAAAUGUCAAGUUUGUUUAUCAAUCAGAAUGUCAUUUCCACCAAUCCGGCAAUAAGCAAUCAUUGUGUAAUUAUUGCGUUAGUUUUAAUUGCCGCUCCCGUUCUUCGUUCAGUAGAGAAAAAAAAAUUAAAGUUCGUGUCUUUGUAGAACAGCAAACGGAAUUUGUUAUAAAAAAAAUUGGGUGAUUAAAGAAGGUUUUUGGAUUGGAAGUGACCGUCCAAUAAAAAAAUUCUGCUUGAAAAAUGAGCGAUGGACAAAGUACGGCGAAAAAACAAAAAUUGUGUAACACUGAAGGUCAAACUCAAGUGGCACCUGGGACUUCUUCAAAUCAACAGCAAUCUUUGCCGAAAAUCUUCAAACUGGAUGUCGAUUGUUUCGAUGAAAUAUUCGAGUAUUUGUCAAUAGAAGACUUGCAUUCGUUCGGUCAGACAUGCAAAGCGAUGAACAAAGUGGCGGGCGUAUAUUUUAAGCAAAAUUAUUCAGCGGCUGAGAAGUUCUGCCAUCCGGACGGUGUUUACACGGUUUAUUCCAGCAGAGAAGGUGUCAUUAAUGAACGCACAAAAACAUCGGGCUUCAAUCAAUUCAUCAGCAAAAUUUCGCACUAUUACCACGAUCUCAAGCCACUGCGUUACAUUCGAUCGCAUGUCGAUGAAUUUGAAUCCAUCAAUUACAUUUACCUGGUGUGCAUGAACCUGAGCAAGAAUCGAAUUGAAUGCAUGCAAAAAAUGUAUCCAAAGAUUGAAACACUACAACUCCGAAAUUGUUCCAUUGAUGGCGAUGUGUACGAAGCGAUUUUCAAAAUUUGUGUCGAUUUAAAACGUCUUUUUUUGCAAAGAGCUGCACUUGGUCAUUCGUGGCUGCUUCGCGAUUAUCCCAAAUUGGAAUACUUGGAAUUGAUUCCGAUUCCCACGACAGACACAUUGAAUACUUUUUUUGAACGUAAUUCAAGCCUUCGCACCUUCUCCACGAGUGGAUCGUGCAUUUGGGACAAUAAAGAAACAUUCCUGAAAUCAACGGCCACAAUUGACACACUUGAAGUGAAAAUGCUGUACGAAUACGACCACGAAUUUUUUGAAACACUUUGUCAAUUAUUGAACCAGAUUCAUGAGCGAGGAUUUUUUAAGCGAUUACAUUUCUAUAUUCAGAGUGUUGACGAACAAAUUAGCACUCAAUUGACAUCGCUUCAAGCCCUUGAAAAGUUGUGCGUUAAGAAAUUGACGAAAUGCUACAGUUUGCCGCUGUUAACCAAUUUAAAAGAGCUGGUCAUAUACGAUGGGAAUGCUGCUGACAUGGCGAUUUUGGCAAAUAGCUUCACAAAUCUUCAACGUCUUUUUAUGCGAAAUGUAACGUAUGAUCACAUUUUGCCAUUCAUGAGCCGAUCAUCGAAACUGACCAAAGUCCGAAUAAUCCCAGCAAAUGACUCCGACUUGAAUGGAGGCGUUCUCAAGCUACGUACAUGGAACAAGGAACGCGAACAAUUGCCAGGAGCUCGCAAAGUUACCAUUUAUGUUGAAGACUUUAUAUUCUUGAAAACAAAAUGGGCAACCAGAAAUGGUGACACCAACCUGAGCCUCAUCGAAAUGAAACGAUCCGAUUCGUAUGAAUGGGAUAAUCACUAUUCACAUCAAAAAUAAUUGACUAAUUCACCUUUGAAUAUUUCAUAAGUAAACAUUUAUAAAUAUUUGUUUUUUUUUUCAAUUUGCCAUAUAUAGGCCUACACUUUAUACUUGCUUUCAAGCUGAAUGUAUAAAUGAAAUUUUUGAAAAAAUAUGUUUCUCUUUGAAUAUUUCAAUAAAUAUGUAAAUAAUAAAUUGAAAUAAAAAAAA